AAACUCUCUAACAUGAGCUAUAAAUCCAAUUCAUAUGAACAUCAAACAUUGUCAUCAAUUUUAAAGAAUUUAAGCAAAACUAAGAAUGAUCUUGAUGAUGUUGAAGAAGACUUAGAUGAGUUUGACAAUUCAUUCGAGGAGAAUAAGAUUAAUAAGAUAUAUCCGAGCUCAAGCUUGAAUUCUUCUGGCAACUUUCCUCAAGUUAUGCAGAGAUGUAAUGAAUCUUAUCGCAAACAGAUAGAGAUUAUUGUUAGAAACUGAAACGAAUCUUUGAAGAAUAUCCCUGACGAAACUACUCCUUUAUUAAGAGAGAGGAAAGAAGAGUAUGAGAAUCUAAAUGGAUACUCAAAUACCCCUUCGAAUAUAAGCUUUUACUCAAAUGAAAGGAAUAGUUACAAACCAAACCUCCAAAGCAACCCUCCAUUUAUUGGCGAGUCUAACCCUCCAACCCUCAGAACAAAGUCUAAACUCCCUGAAGAUAUCCCCCAAGACUUCGCUCGCUACAAACAAGAAAUCGAGUCUGAAAAACUACUAGUCGACAAAAUCUGCGCUGACAACUCUCUAAAAGACCUAAUCCUCAACCUUUACAGGUAUAAAAUCCUCUUCACCCAAAAAUCCCAAAAAUCCUGCAACUGCAAAGGCAACGGCCCUUCAAACCCCAUGAAGGCUCCCAUGAUGCAAGUUUACGAAAAAGUUCACUCUACUAACAUUGCUUUAAAAUCUAAAAAUUCUGAACUUCAGAAAUAAGCUGAAUAUUAUCCAAAGUCUACAGUCAAAUGUGCUAACCCGACUACAAGCAGAACAGGAAUUAACAAGAAUUCUUCAGAAGAAGAUUAAGACCCUUCAGGAAGUUGGAACUGGUCAGGAACAAGACUGAGACUUAGAAGAAGAACAGAAGGAGCAAGCGAAGAAGAAAAAGAAGAGGAAGAGGAAUAAGAAUAAGAGAAAGGCUAAGCAAACAGAGAGGGAGAAUCAUAAGGAUAGUGAGGAGAAGGAAGACAUGAGUCAGGAUAAAGAGGAUAAUGAAAUCAGAGAGGGUAAAGAGAAUAAAGAUGACAAGCAGAGCAAAGUGGAAGAAAUAGGUAAGAAAGAAGUAGUUUUGAUUGAGGAGGAAACUAAGACACUUCAAAAAGCGAGAACUCAAACUGAUUCUGAGAUAAAUCAUAUAGUUAAGGACCGUAGAAGUUCAUCCACUGAAAGUGAUUCUUUGGAUAAUCUAGUAUUUGACAAAUUUGCUGAAAUCUCAUCAACUAAAGAAAAUGUAACUCUUGUUCAAAAGCUUCAAGAUGAAAUCUCUCUGGAAUCUAAUGUAAAUGCUAAUCUCGUUCAGAAGUGAGUAUCAGAUCCUGAUAUAAAAGGCAAGAAGGAAAAUAAGUUAGAGCUUCAGUACCAAGAGAUAUAUAACAUAAUGCAGGAAUGGUAUGAAAAAGUAUUCGAGUCUGAUCCUGACUGUCUCGAACUUUAAUUAAAACUUUGUAAAGC